AUGUUGCGGAGGGCGCUAAGCCUGAAGGCUGCCCAUCGCGCGACGCGCACGCAGCGCUUUUUCUCGCACGAGCUGGUGAAUAUGGGUAUCCUUGCGCACAUCGACGCGGGGAAGACGACCAUAUCGGAGGACAUCCUGUACAACGCCAAUGAAAUAAAGGUUAAGGGCAGUAUCCACGACCAGAACACACAGCUGGAUUUUUUAAGGCAAGAGAGAGAAAGAGGAAUCACCAUCAAGACUGCCUACUCAUGCUUCAAAUGGAACAACAUAAAGGUAAAUUUGAUAGAUACCCCAGGACAUGUCGACUUCAGCAACGAAACGUUCCUGUCAUUAUGCGUCUCAGACAAGUGUGUCAUCGUGGUGGAUGCCAAGGAGGGGAUUCAAAUUCAAACCUUACACCUGUUUCACUACAUAAAGGAAAAUCUCCCCAUUUUUUUUUUUUUAAACAAAAUGGAUAUACACGAAACGGAUCUCGAUUACAACAUGGAAAGUCUAAAAAACAAUUUGAGUCGAAAGAGUGUCCUUGUCACUUACCCUCUGUAUGAAAAUAAGGCGUUGAAGUUUAUUUUGGACCUUCCUUCCAUGUCGCUUUAUUGGUAUCCUCAGGGGAGGUAUGGGAGCAAGUUCACUUACAACAGAAUUGGCCUCGCUUCCGUUUUGCGGCACUUGGACUGCCAAGUUGUGAGGAGUCAUUUUGCCGCCAUAGGGGUGGGCGAGGAGACCUCAACUGCUUCUGAGGUGAUCACCACGGAGCAGCUCCUAAGAGUGCUAUCUAAAGACACCAUCCACCAUAUUUUACAGAAAAGGGAGGAUCUCGUGGAGGCGCUCUGUGAUUUGGAGCCCGACCUGGAGCGAAAGUAUAUAAACAAUGUCUGCAUAGGGUACAGCGAGGUGAGGGAGUGCCUAGCCAAGUGGAUAAAGUUGAAGGAGAUCUUUCCCGUGUUUGCCGGCAGUGCGAUGAAUUCGUUUGGUGUUCACCUCCUUCUGGAUUACGUCACUAGCGGUGGUGUGACUAGCGGUGGCGUCGCGGUGCGGGGGGACCACUCCAAUAGGGAGAUUGCCCCAUCGGAAGUAAAAGCAGCACCUAUUGGCCCCAAAACGAACGAUGUGCAGGGUAACAUCCUAGUGGGGUCCUCUCCAAUGGAUGUAAGUGAGCCCAUCGGAGCAGGACACAGCAAUGGAGAGACCCGCCCCCCUGGUGCAGCUACCCCGUUGCAUCACGACUCAAGCACUACCGCUGCACUCUCCAACAAGAUUAAAAAAAGGCACACAUCUCUUCAGCGGUACAAAACAGUCCUAUUCAUAUUCAAGCUUGUGAGCGAAAAGAAUGGAUACAACACAUUCUGCAAAGUCCUCAAGGGAGAGUUAGUUAAAAAUGCGAAGCUUCAAAACCUACGAAGUGGAGGAACCCAAUUGGUGAAGGGUCUCUACAAAGUCAAAGCAGAUAGAUAUGUUAUGAUAAAUAUGCUGAGGACGAACGACAUAGGAAUGGUUCGUGGGCUUGAAAAUGUCCUCGUGUGCGAUUUUAUGUGCGAAGUGGAGGAACAACCUUGCAACAUAAAUUGUGCAGAUGUAGUGGGAGGAGACCGUGGGGUGAGCGGCACCAUGUUGCGCAUCAGGAAUGAUGGCGAAGAUCACCGGGAAAGGAAAAAAGAAAGCGAUAAGACCAGCCAGGGAGGCCACCAGGGACAACUUAACGAGGGAAGCCAAGGAGACCAACUUAACUCGCUCCAGGACAAGUCACUCCGGGACAUCUACAGACGUAUGAAACACGAAAUAGGAAGAAAAGAAUUGUGGUUCUUUCUCAGGAGCUAUAAAAAACGGAUAAGCAAAAAUGUCAUUGUCUGCACAUGCGCUAUAGAGCCAAAGGAUUAUAAGAAGGAGAAGGAACUUAAGCAGGUGCUGCGAAACAUCUGCUUGGAAGAUAACAGCAUUGCUGUGUAUACGGACCCGAAUAGAAAGCUCGUCAUUGGAUCGAUAGGGAUGUUAAACAUCGAAGUGACGUUGGACAAAAUAAGAAGUGAUUACAAUAUCGAUAUCAGGACUGAGGAGGUGGAGGUAGUGGAGAGGGAGUAUCUUACGGGGCAGUACGAAGAGACCAUCACCAAAACGAUGAAGGUGAAUUCUAACAUCUCCAACAUAACGAUCGGCUUAACCAUUCGAGAGAAGGAGUUCGUGGACGUUUCGAGGUUCAUCCAAAAUGCGCUGAGGUAUGAUAGCGUGUCGCAGUUGGUGAGGCUGACUAGGGGGCAGGCGGGGGAGGAAACACUCAGUAAGGAAGAAGCGAACGAUGAAGCAGCCAUCGAGGAAGCUGCCACUGAGGGAGAAUCUUGGGAGCAGCAAAACAUCACUACCAUGCAGCCGAAUGGUUCCUUGCCAACCCCACUGAACAGACAUGACUCUGUUUUUUGUGCCUCACCACAAAGGGGGGGUCGGCCCCCGAAGAAACCCAAUUGCAUCAUCGAGGUGGAGCUUCACAACUCAGACGAGGUGCUGACUGGUGCUGUGGGGCGGGGAAAGUGUACAACUCAAAUUAGUAUUAACGCGAACUGUGAGGGGGUUCGAAUGUCUGGCUCACGUGAUUGGGCGAGUGAGUCCAAAGGGGGUUACCCCUCACACGCGGAGCACCCGGAGGAAGAGGUGGACCAAGGUGUGGACGAAAAUGUUGAGGAAGACGUGAAGGAAGAUGUUGACGAAAAUGUUGACGAAAAUGUGGACGAAAAUGUGGACGAAAAUGUGGACGAAAAUGUGGACGAAAACGUGGAGGAAGACAUGGACGAGUACCUCCUCAACUUCAACUACGAGGACCUGUUCCAAAGCAGCGUUCGCGUCCAUAAAAACGUGCACGUGUACAUCGCCGAUUUGCAGAGGGAAAAAAAAAAAAAAAAAAACUUUUACGAAGAAAUUUUACAGAGCUGUAUUAUCACCCUGAAGAACUGCCUAACCAGUGGCUUCCAAACAAGCGGAAGCAUCAUCAGCACGGAGGUCGAAAUUACGAAAUUGGACUUAUCGGAUGACACCACUGUAGCGGUGGCCAAGUAUGCGUGUAAUGACCUGUACUAUCGAAUGAUUAAGCGAGCCAACGUGUGCGUAGCGAAGCCUAUAUCUCUACUGCAGAUUCAGACGGAGGAAUCCUUCGUCGGCAUUAUAGUGAAAGACCUAAUUCAGCAAAGAAGUGGGACCAUUAUUCAGAUCGCGAAGAAUAAUGACUCUCGCCUUUUUAAGAGCAUGAAGAUCAUCGCCAUCGCUCCGGUUAAGCACACGCAGAACUACGCCUCCAUUUUGAGGUCCAUUUCGAGUGGCCACGCCAACUGUUUGAUGACCUUUUGCGGUUACAGCAGGGAGGGCUAG